AUGCAGAACGAGAUACAGCAGGACCGUGCCGCGCAACCCGCGCCGAUCGGAAUCGGGAUCGCGCAGACCCCACGUUUUCCGGAGUUUAACGCAUCAGACCCCGAGCUGUGGUUCUCAAUCGCGGAGAACUAUUUUCAGACGCUCGGUCUAACAGACAGUCGCACGAGGUACCUCAGCGUCUUAUCCGCGAUACCAACGCGUUACGCGAACGAGUUGCGAGAUAUUUUGAUGCAGCCACUUGGGGAAGACCCUUACCAGCACCUGAAGGAGAACGUGAUAAAACGGUUGAGCACAUCGCAAGAUGAAAAGACACGGGAGUUAUUGAGUAACGUCGAGAUGGGAGAUGAGAAGCCGUCGCAGUAUCUCCGGAGGUUGCAAGCACUCGCGGGGACGGCUAUCUCAGACCAGCUGCUCAAGACUUUGUGGAUGCGUGGUCUCCCCGAGAAAAUCAAGCCGACAAUGGCCACAGUUCAAGACAAGUCCAUCAUGGACAUGGCCGAGGUUGCGGACACAGUCUACGGUUUACUACCACCGCGCGCAGCUAUCGCCGAGACAGCAACGUCAGCAGCACCGGAGUUUCACCAAGCUGUCCAUGUACAACAGCUACGCUUCGAGAUGGCUGAGAUGAAGGACCAGCUAAAACAGAUCCUUGGACAGAUUUUUGAGGCAUCGCAUUCUACGCACUCUCCCAGAGGUAGGUCUCCGACGCCACACAGAAGAAGUUCACGGUCACGAUCACGAUCACGCGGCGCGCGUCCAGCUGGUAUAUGCUGGUACCAUUGGAUCUUCGCGGACAAGGCACAGAAGUGCACGAAACCGUGUACAUGGACCCCGGGAAACGAGCGGGGCAGUCGUUAA